CGCUCACCACCAGAGAAGCUCUGAACAAGACAGCGUCAUGGCAGAGUUCUCUCCUCGCGUUGCGGUAGUCACAGGUGCCGCACAGGGCAUAGGCUUGAGCAUCGCGCUAAGGUUGGCUGAUGAUGGCCUGGACGUCGCAGUCAACGAUAUCGCAGCAAAGUCUGAUCAGCUACAGGAUGUCGUUGCGCAGAUUCAGGCGAAAGGCAGGCGAGCACUUUCGGUGCCCGGGGACGUUUCUCGGGAAGACGAUGUCCGAAAUAUGAUCGCAGUGGUGGUCGGUGAACUUGGAGGACUAGAUGUGAUGGUCGCCAACGCAGGCAUUGCGAUACACAAGCCUUUUGUGGAAACGUCUACCGAGGACUGGGAGCGCAUCAUAGCUAUCAAUCUACAAGGAGUCAUGCUAUGUUACAAGUACGCUGCUAUUCAGAUGAUCAAGCAAGGGCGUGGCGGAAGAAUUCUAGGAGCCAGCUCACAAGCUGGAAAGAAGGGUACCACAAAUCUCGCUGCAUACAGCGCAACGAAGUUCGCUGUGCGAGGCCUCACGCAGAGUGUCGCAUUAGAACUUGCCCCUUACAACAUCACUGUCAAUGCGUAUGCACCAGGCUUUAUCAUCACAGCGCUCGCGCACCAUCCGGACGAUGCACUUAAUGGAGGACCAGGGUCGACAGUCAAGAAGAUGUUCAACUUGCCACUCGACUCGCCAGAAGCCGGACCCGACACCAUAGCCAGCAUUGUGUCCUAUCUUGCUAAACCGGAGUCGCAUUUCAUCACUGGCCAAACGAUCUUAAUCAAUGGCGGUGUGACAUUCGAUUGAUCUGCUUCGACAGAACAGAACAUGCAAGCAAUCCAUCUAUGUAGUCAUGCAAAGCAAAAUGCUA